CUAUUUCUUUUUCUCCCGCACAGUGCACCCUUUGUUCAAGUAUUUCCGCCCUAAAUGAUUACGUAACUUUGGCGCCUCAGAGCCACCGUUUCCUUUCCCUUUAAAUUGACCAAAAAUGUAAUAACAUAAACAGACUCUUCAGCGCGGGAAAGCAACAUCUGCUCGUCUGCAAUGUAAAAUUAACCGCCCUUCACUUCCAUUGGCUUAGACGUGGGCGAACAUGCACUUUGCGCUUCUUUAUUGGCCAAUCUUGGUGUCCGCGUGCAAGAGCGGGCGUCGAGUGUUUAAAUCUAAUUGGACAGAAGCGUUUCGACCAAUCGCAAACGCCGCGCUGGAUGUUCGAGGCUGGGCUUGCUAGCUGGUUCUAUGUGAGUGCUGUCAUUGGUUAAUUUUGACACGUGGGAUUACAUCCCUGCAGCCGAUUGGCCGGUCGACGAGCGCGAUUUUGUAACGCGGGACAACGCUUCUGUGGGCGCACACAGGUCAGUUCAGAGUGGCCGCGUCAAGGAGGAAACUACCAGUCAUCUUCAUCUCUGACUGUAUCUUCUGCGGAUACUUUGUAGCGAAGGAUCUCUUUUCUUUGCCUCUUUGGAAAUGAAGGACAUAUUCACUCCAGAUUGAUAGGGCGCACUUAAAACAAUCAAACAGAAGUAAAACUUUGACCAGUUUUUUUUUUUUUUAAACUUGUUUUUCCGACUAACACCGGGAUUCUGACAUCUAUACCAUGGCUGAGAACAAGCACCCGCACGUUAUUUUUUGCAACGACUCGCCCAAAAGAGUUUUAGUGUCCGUCAUCAAGACCACCCCGAUCAAACCUGCGAAAGCGGAGGCUCUGACGCCGACAAGCCCCGGUUUCAGCGACUUCAUGGUCUACCCUUGGAAAUGGGGGGAGAACGCCCACAAUGUGACUCUGAGCCCGGGCUCACUGAGCGGGGCUUCGUCCCCUACCGGGACCCAGACGGCCAGAGAAGCGGACACUGCUCCUUCGCCUGACCAGAUGAAGGAUGGUAUCCGUAGAGGCCGUCCACGAGCCGACACUGUCCGGGAGCUGAUAAGUGAGGGGGAGACUUCAUCCAGCCGUAUCCGCUGCAACAUUUGCAACCGGGUUUUCCCCAGAGAGAAGUCUCUCCAGGCUCAUAAGAGAACACACACAGGAGAGAGACCCUAUCUGUGCGACUAUCCAAACUGCGGGAAGGCGUUUGUCCAGAGCGGUCAGCUGAAGACGCACCAGCGGCUGCAUACUGGGGAAAAACCCUUCGUCUGCUCAGAGAAAGGGUGUGGCAAUCGGUUCACGCAUGCCAACCGUCACUGCCCCAAGCAUCCUUUCUCCCGCCUGAAGAGGGAGGAACCAAAGGAGGGCCAGGGGAAGGCCCAGUCGGUGGACAACAAGGCUGUGGCAGAGUGGCUGGCGAAGUACUGGCGAACUCGCGAGCAGCGUGCUCCUACAACCACCAAGGUGAAGCAGCAGGGCAAGGCGAGAGCUGAGGACCAGGAGCAACAGGAUCCCAUGGAGUUCCUUCAGUCCGAUGAGGAGAACGGGGAAGAGGAGGAGACCCAAGACGAGGAGAAGGGCAACCAGGGGGGAGCCGCCAAGCGCCGCCUCCAGGAGCAACGAGAGCGCCUCCACGGUGCUCUGGCGCUCAUCGAGCUGGCCAACAACCUGUCUGCCUGAACUCCCCCCUCUCCCCCCACCCUCUCCCCAAACCCCCACCCCUCAUAUCUCCAUUCCCAAUCCGCCUUCCUGCAAUAUGUGCUGCAGUUAGUAAUGGUUCAUAAACGCAGAUCAAUGACUAGUUUAGUGUAUUCUAUCAAGUUGUGAAACCAGACUUUGAGAAAGAGCUGAAUUGGCCCAAGAUCAGUGUUAAUGUACAGCGACAUCUAUUCCCCUUUACAGCACCAGGAAGGCACAAGCUAAAGCACCUUAUUCAGCUUCCAUUUUAUCCUUUUAGGCUGCUAUUAUUGUAGAUUUGACUAUAUGAAGAAUGUCUUUUCUUUCUUCUGCCUUCUGAAGGCAAAGGAAGAGUACCUGUUAUGUUUUUAAUUUGUUUUGUUUGCACUUUGAUGGUAACGAGUUUUUUUUAAGUAUAUUGUGAGUGUAAGAGAGUGUGUAUGACUGAUGUAUAUAUGGAUUAAGCUCAGAUGGACAGAAUGAUACAGGGUGUGGUUAAACUUAGGAAAUGUAAGUUUCAUUCCGACUGUCAAAUGGCUCCUAGGUUUCAUCUCUAGCGUCGUAAAGCACAACUUUUCCGCCACCGAUGACAGCAGCGGUGGCGGAAAUGGACUGAGAAAGAUUUCAGAUAGUUUUAGCCUCACCUACGCAACUCUUUCCAAGAAGAGAUGAGAAUAGGUGGACGGAAGGAGACAAGAAAAAAAUUAUCGGGGGAGCUGGAUCAGUCUGACAGGAGACAUGGUCAUUUUUAUAUGCGAAUGAGAGGUGAUCAUUGCAAGCCUAAUCCAGAGGUCUGGCGAGGCACAAGCUUUUCCAAACAAUCCAAACUUUUGACAGUUUCAUCACUUGUUUCAGUACAAAUACACACAAUAGUAUCCGUACGACAUUACCAGAGAUGCACGGGAAAGACGCAUCUCAGUGUCUUCUGGUUUGAGUUCAUUAAUAUUCUACAAUAUUUGGAGAACCAGAGUACUUCUUAGGACAUGCCAUAUUCCCAUUUUUUUACAGCAGUUUUCCUCAUAGAUACAACAAGAAACAUAAAAUCUGCAGGCCAGAAGUUGUAUUCCAACCAGACGGGAGAUAUUUUUUAGGAAGCAUGAUGUCCGCCAUCUUUUAUAUUAAAAGGUGGUAGACCAGUUAUGAUACAGGCAUAGCAUCAUGGUAGUGUGUGGUGCAUGUAUGUCAUCUCAUUUCAAAGUUUAAAUUAUGAGAUAUUUAUUUCACCAUUUUUUUUUUUUUCUGUUUUAGGGUGCUGACAUCAUGACGAUGUCUAAAGGGAAAUAUUCUGAUAUCAGCAAAAAAAAAAAAAGUUCUCAGCCACAAUAAUUCAACCUUUUGAGCUAACAUGAAUUGUCAAUAUUAGACAUUUCGGUCCAUAUUGAAAGAAAAAUUAGUUAAGAUAUGUUUUAAGUACUUGCACCCUUUAUUAAGUCUUGGAUUAAGCUUGCAAUGCACUGAAGAUUAGAUUUGUCAUGUGUCCAGGAAAAUGGCACUUGUUUUUUUCAUAAACUGAUGUGUAGUGCUGGGUGUUUUUCUUUCUUUCUUUUUUUUUUUUAAGCAACACUACAUCAUUCAACACUGUAUGAAGCCUCUCAUAACUGCCCUACAUCUGGUUGUUUUGUGGAAACCUGCACCUACAACCUGUCUCUCACUCUGUCACUCUUAGCUGUGAUGUUUGAAUUUGUUUGAUUUUUACAAAAUUGCCCUAAAUUGUGGAGUUAAGGUGAAACUGGAAGGCAAGUAAAUUGUUGAUAAUCAAAACGCCAAAUGAUUUAUUGUACCCGAUUAUAGUAUAUUUUGAAGCAUUUCUAACCCUUAGACUAUUUUGUGGUUUGAGAAAUUUUAUGGCAUUUAAUAUAUACAGAUUGUGUUUGUUAGAAUAUUGAGUGUGCACGAUUUACCAAGAGCUUUGAAGUUGAAUUUUAGUUUCAGUUGUCCCCUCUGCUAACAUCCUCCAACAGUUUUUUCAUGUUUUGUGACAUGUGUAGAGUGAUCCUGCUUGCUUGGUAGACAUUUUGUUACACAUUUUAAAGGUAAGAUUUCUCUGACAGGCUGCCCACACUGUUAUACCAUUGCUGAACUUCAAUAAACAUUCACUGAACCAGA